UGACAUGCCAGCGCAACGCGUCUUAGAAAAUUCUUGCUUCGUUACAAACAAUUACGACGUCUUUGAAAAUUGAAAUUCUCUCUCACUUCGUCAACGUCAAUCCUGAAUUCAUCUAUGGCUUCUAUCUACCGCUGCACGGAGUGCCAGACCGACCUCAAUCUCAGCACGGCCCAUCUGUUCCCACCGGAGGUCUACUUCGAGGCGGGAAACAAGGGCACGCUUUCCUUCUCGUGGGUCGACUCCUCCAAGUUCCGGUUCGAGGAGGAGGACAAGAUCAGGCCCUUCUUCGAGACCGUCAACUACUGGGGGAUCCAGAGGAAGAGGACCAAGAUCAAGUGCAGCAGAUGUGGGCGUCUUGUUGGCUACGUUUACGACGAUGGUCCUCCUCUCACGAACAGUACCGGCCAGUUCCACAUGGGUCCCAGCCAAGUUAUUCCUAGAGCUCCGAGGUAUCGGUUCAAGACCAAGGCGCUUCAGAUCACAUCGUAAACCUGAAGGAUUUUCUGGGUGGUUUACUUCAUUGGGUUUUUCUCUGUUUUUGGUAAUGCUUCGGGAUAUUUUCUUGCGUCACAUCUCUUUUUGUGUUCUUUGGGAUGCAAAGGCUUCGCUUUUGCAAUGUUCUGCUCUGUCACCAUAGCUGUUCAUAUAUUUGUCCAUAUAAAAAUGGUUUUUCUUUUAAAGUUAUUGAUAAUUUUUAUUACUAUUUUGCUAUAGAUGUACUUGUGAAUCAAUGGCUGCCAUUCUGAAUUGAUGGGACUUAUGAAUUUUACAUAUUUUUUGUA